UACUUCAAAUUUUAUUUAUUUAUUUAUUUUUAUCAUUGUGAAAAUGGCAGCAGAGUCUCUGAAUCUGAAGAUGACAGGUAAGAGCCAUGUGAAGGCAAAGAAGAACAUUGGAAGAAAAGAGUAUCAACUUGUGACCUUUGAUCUUCCAUACUUAGCAUUUUACUACAACCAGAAGCUGCUGUUUUAUAAAGGGAAUGACUUUGAAGGAAUGGUGGAGAAGGUGAAAGAGGGUCUAAGUGUGGUUCUUGAGGAGUUUCAUCAGCUAGCAGGGAAGAUAGGAAAAGAUGAAGAAGGAGUGUUCAGAGUGGAAUAUGAUGAUGAAAUGGAAGGUGUUGAAGUAACUGAGGCUGUUGCUGAGGAUGUUGGUGUUGAAGAUCUUGCUGUUUCUGAGAGUAGCAGUUCCUUGAUGGAACUUGUUCCUUACAAUGGUAUCUUGAAUUUAGAAGGCAUGCAUAGGCCUUUGCUUGCAAUUCAGCUGACCAAACUGAAAGAUGGGCUUGCAAUGGGCUGUGCCUUCAACCAUGCAGUCCUUGAUGGGACUUCCACGUGGCAAUUCAUGAGUUCAUGGGCCGAGAUCUGCAGCGGCGCACCGUCAACAGUAGCCCCACCCUUCCUUGACCGGACCAAGGCCCGAAACACCCGGGUGAAGCUCGACCUCUCAUUGCCCGAGCCCAACGGGCCGACAUCCGAUAACGAGGAAAAGCCCAAGCCCAAGCCCAAAUUAAGAGAAAAGAUCUUCAAAUUUUCCGAGUCUGCCAUCGACAAGAUCAAGUCAACGGUCAACGAAAACCCACCAUCGGACGGCUCAAAGGCAUUCUCAACAUUCCAAGCUCUCUCGGCCCAUGUUUGGCGCCACAUAACCCUGGCCCGUAACCUAAAGCCCGAAGACUACACAGUGUUUACCGUAUUUGUAGAUUGUAGAAAACGGAUCGACCCACCAAUGCCAGAGGCCUAUUUUGGAAACCUUAUCCAAGCCAUAUUCACCGUGACAGCAGGUGGGCUUCUGUUGGCCCAUCCACCACAAUUCGGUGCAUCAUUGAUCCAAAAAGCAAUUGAAGCCCACAAUGGUAAGGCAAUUGAUGAGAGAAACAAAGAGUGGGAGAGUGCACCAAAGAUUUUUGAAUUCAAGGAUGCUGGAGUGAAUUGUGUGGCUGUGGGAAGCUCUCCUAGGUUUAAAGUUUAUGACAUUGAUUUUGGAUGGGGGAAGCCUGAAAAUGUGAGGAGUGGAACCAAUAACAAGUUUGAUGGUAUGAUUUAUUUGUAUCCCGGCAAGAGUGGUGGUAGGAGCAUUGAUGUUGAGUUGACUUUGGACCCUCAUGCUAUGGAGAUUUUGGAGAAAGACAAAGACUUCCUUCUUGAGGUUUAACAUUUUCAUUCCCAACUCUUUCCAAUAAAUUAAAAUUAGGUCAUUAUUGCUAUUCGGUAGUUAUUCACUUGAAGAUCCAUGUUUUCAGGUAAAAAUAAUAGAUAAGAUAUUGACAUAUGUAUGUAUGUCAAAUUAUUUAAUGCAAUUCUUAUCUAUAUUUUUACAUGAAAAUAUUGUUUUUAUAUGAAUAGUUACCUUGUUAUUAUCUAUACUAAUGUCAUGUAAUUUUCAAUUUUUAUUAUGAUUGUGGGUUUUCGUUCUUAGUAAUUAACCAUGUAUGGUUAUGGAUAUGAUUAUUGGUUAUUGUUA